AGAUAUUGGCGCCAUUUUGCGGUCGUGAUCCACAAAGCCUUGCUCACACGCCGAAAGGCGCGAUGGCCAGCUACCUCGGGUCGCUCAUCUCCGGCGGCGGCGACGCGCCCGCCGCCGCGCCGGAGCCGGCCGUCGGGCCCGGGCUCCCGCGCGCCGAGGCGCUUUCGUUAAUAGACGUCGACGACGAGGGCGCGUUCGCCGUCAACGAGGAGAGCGCCCAGAUCCUCGCCGGCAUCGAGGGCAAGCUCUGCGUGGUCUGCGUCGCCGGCCUGUACCGCACGGGCAAGUCCACGAUCGCGAACCUGCUCGCGGACGCGCACGGCAAACGCGGGAACUUCACGAUCGGCCACGGGGUGCGGCGGUGCACGCGCGGCAUCUGGCUGUGGGGCGCGCCCGUCCGGACCACGCUCGCGACGGGCGAGCCGUGCACGAUCGUGCUGCUGGACGUGGAGGGCCUCGGCGGGCUCGAGGCGGACGGCCACUACGACACGCGGCUCUUCGCCCUGGCCGCGCUGCUCUGCUCGACGCUCGUCUACAAUUCCCUGGGGGCGGUCGACGAGCACGCCAUCUCCAACCUGGCGUUCGUGGCGAACCUGACGCAGCACGUCCGGAUCACCGAGGACGACCACCCAGGCGAGGGGGACUUCGAGCGGCACUUCCCCGCGUUCGUGUGGGUCGUGCGCGACUUCGCGCUCGACCUCGAGGACGAGCGCGGCGACGCCAUCGACGCGAACGAGUACCUCGAGAACGCGCUGCGGGAGCAGGUGGGCUUCGACGCCGCGACGGCGGAGCGGAACCGCGUCCGCCACAUGCUCAAGGCCUUCUUCAGCGAGCGGCGGUGCUUCUGUCUGGAGCGGCCCGUGCUGGACGAGGACCGCCUGCAGAAUUUACAGGCGGUGCCCGUGGACGAACUGCGGCCCGCGUUCCUGCGGAGCUUCGCGGAGCUGCGCGAGCACGUUCGCGCCAUGUCCGCCGUCAAGCGGGUCCGAGGAAGGGCCGUGUCCGGAAGGACCUUCGUGGAGCUGUGCAGGCGGUACGUGGACACGCUGCAGUCGGGCGGCGUGCCCACGGUCGCGACGGCCUGGGAGGAGGUCAUGGCGCGCGAGUGCGCGCGGGCCCGGGCCGAGGCUUUAGAGACGUACGAGGCCGCCUUCGCCACGCACGAGGACGUGGAGGACGACGAGACCUUGCUCAAGACGCACCGGGACGCUGCGAAGCGCGCGCUCGGGGCGUUCCGGGCCCAGGCCGGCGGCGCGACGUUCGAGAGCAGCCUGGGCGAGCUCGAGGCGGAGUGUCUGCAAAGGCUAGAAACGAGGCGCGCGGCGAACUUCGACCAGUCCGCCAAGGCGUGCGACGCGCUCUGCGCGCGGCUGCACGACGCGGAAAUUGCGCCGAAGCUCGGGAGCGCGGGCGACCGCUACGCGGACGCCGCCGCUCUGGCGUUCGACGCGCGCCGCGUCGCGGCGAUGUACGAGAAGGGCGCGCGGGGCCCGGCCCGGCCCGGGCGGCUCGCGGCCUACUUCUCGGGGCGGAUCCUGGACGCGUACCGCGUCCUGUUCGACGCGAACGAAGACGCGCACCACAAGGCGCUGGACGCGGCGGAGGCUCAGGCGCGCGGGGCCGCGCAGAGUCUCGCGCGGUGCGAGGAGCACAAGAAGGCGGCCCUGGAGCAGCUCGAGGUGCUGCGGGCCGAGGUCGUCGCCGUCUCCGGGGAGAAGAUGCGCGUCGAGGCGCAGCACAAGGCGGCGCUCGACCGGGCGCGCACCCUGGAGGGCGAGGGCGACGCGUUGCGGCGGCGCGCCGACGAGGCCCACCAGGACCUCGAGGACGCGCGCGAGCGUCUGGAGUCGGAGCAGACGUGGCAGGCGCAGCUCCACGCCCGGCUGGAGGCCGCGGAGGUCGAGAAGGGGGAGACGUCGUCCAGGUUGGCGGAGCUCGGGGCCGCGCUGGACGAGCGCCGGCGCGACGAGGCGGCGGCGCGCGCGGAACUGGGGGAGAAGCGCGAACGGGAGGAGGCGCUCAAGGCCGAGCUCGCCGACGCGGCGCGCGCGGCCGCGGCCGUCGCGGCGCAACUGCGCGACGCCGAGGCGCGCCUCGCCCAGGCGGAGCGCGCCGGGACUUCCGCGAAAGCGGAGCGGGACGAGCGGACCGCGGCGCUCGCCGCCGAACGCGAGCAAGCGGCCGCGACCCGCGAGGCGCUGGCGGCGCUCGAACGCAACGUCGAGGCGCUCCACGAGGAGCUGGCGGCGGCGCACCGGUCCCGGGGCGCCGCCGAGGAGGCACUGGACGAGGCGCGAAACGCCGGCGACGCGUCGCGCGAGGCGGCCGAGGAGCGCCUCGCGCGGGGCGCCGCCAAGGAAGAAGAGCUGGAGGCGGCGCUCCGGGGCGUUUCGACGGAGAAGGCGGCCCUCGAGGCCGAGAGGGCGGAUCUACAGAAAGCGCUGGCGGACGCGCGCGACGAGGCGCUGAGCGUGGAGCGGGCCCGGAAGCGCGCGGACGGCGAGCGGGCGGAGCUGGUUCGCAAGGCCGCGCAGCGGACCGAAUACCUGCAACAGCAGCUCGACGCGCACCGGAGCGGCAAGGCCGCGGCGGAGGGCGCGCUCGCGCGGGAGAAGACCCAGACGGAUUCCACGACGCGCGAGCUCGACGCGCUCCGGGCCGUCAACGCCGAGCGGGCCUCGACCGCGGAGGCCCGCAUCCAUCUCCUGGAGAAGCAGCUCGAGCAGGCCAAACAGGCGUGCCGCGAGGCCGAGCGGCGGGCCGCGUCCCUCAAGUCGAGCCUCGAGUCCAGCGCGUCCGAGCUGAACGCCGUGGCGGCGCAGCGCGCGGUUCUUUUGGAUGAAAAGGAGAAGAUGCAGGCCCUCUGGGAGAAGUCGCUGACCGACCACUUUCAUUCGUUGCACGAGGCCCAGGCGACGCUGGGUGACGUGUCGCAGAAGGCGGACGCGCGGCACGAGGCGACGGCCUCGCGCGUCGCCGCGCUCGAGAGCCAGCUCGACGACUACCGGCGCAUCGUGGACAAGGUCCAGACCCGCCGCGAGGGGCUGCUGCGGAAGCGGACGCGGUCGCGGCUCGUGAAGCAGACCUGGCACGUCAAGUGCUUCCGCCUGGUCGGCGGCGCGCUGCUCCACGGCGACCGGGACGGCGCGGGCGAGAAGGCGUUGGCGCUGGACGCGCGCGCGACUGCGGAGGCCAUCAAGGCCGACGUGCGCAACGCGUUCCGCGUCCGCAAUUCCAACGGGGACGAGCUCCAGCUGGCCGCGAUCGACCGCGUGGACAUGGACGAGUGGCUCGCCGCCGUCGCGGAGACGGUCGCCGACCUGCGCGCGGCCGAGGACCGCGUCGCCGACCAGGCCGAGCGCUUCAAGCAGGAGUCGGAGAACUAG